AUGAGUCCCCCCAGGUCGAAUCCCGAACACGCUCCCCCAAGAUCCCACCCUAUCCCAACCAGAAGCGCAUUUGACUUAGAGGGGUAUAUUGAACAAGGUGGUUUGGCCCUCGAAAGCCUGCGAAUAAGUUUCGAAUGUGAAAGAGCAGCUUUUGCAGAGGAGCGUAAGCUGUGGGAAAAGGAGCGCUGUAUCAUGCAGCAAAGAAUCGCGGAGCUUGAAGGGCCAGGUGGCAAAGCCGGCACUGCAGCAGCAACAGGGCCAAAGGUCAACCUUUUCAAAGGACCCCAGGCGGAAGAGCAGCAUCACGUAUGGGAAGGCUCCAGUCCGACAGCUAGACCCUCACGAGUAUUCCCAGGAGAUGUGCCGCAGGCGGAACCCGAAUCAGAAGGGCCCGGGUUAUCCCCGUCAUUAGACGAUGCACUGUCCCCUAGAUCUCGUCCGAUUGACCGAUCUGGCCACGUACCCGUUCCAGUUGAGCUCGUAGACAGCUCAUUGGAUGGUAUAACACUGAAAUCUACAGCACUACCACCCGAUAUCGCUGCCAGAGUCUCCCCGCCGAUCUUGACAAGUUUCGGGUCUCGUGAUCCCGCGCCUUUCCAUAAGCCAGUGGACACAGAGCUCAAACCCGGCUUGCCAUCACAGGAACCACCCUGCUUAGCGUCCCCUCACGGCGGCAUCCCAAGCGACACAUAUCGCACUCCAAUGGUACCUCUCGAUCAAGCAGUGGAAACUAUGUUUCCUUUCCCUAUCGCCGAGUCAAUGCCUAACGAAUCGCCUCAUGCUCCAUUCCCAUCACUCUUUCCAGUCGCGAGCCUCGACACAGCUCACUACCACAAAGAGCUGGAUGACGAUCCCGCUCUCCAAGGCACACUGGGUUUACAGAAUGACAUCGAGCAGGAUUUGGAAUUCCUCGAAGAGCUAGACGAGAAACUCUUAAAGGAAGCUCAAAGAGCUCUAUCUCGACCCUCUCUCUCAUCGGACGAGGAAGAUGGAGAAGAUGAUGGAGAGCCGCCCGAACCGGAGCCAGAAAUAAGGUUCAAGCGCAGUACGAACUUUGGGAGUGCCUUUGGAUCAACGCAACUUGGUUCAUAGCGUUUGCGCAUCUGCUGGAUCAGAUAGCUAUAUAUACGGACCUUUUUUUUUUAUAACAUAUUUCGCCGACGAAUUUGCGGGUAUUGCUUCUGCACCUGGCGGCAAGUUCUUGGUUUUCAGAAGAAACUUGGAUCACGCUCUUGACCUAUAUUUUUGAAACAUAGCUUCAUAUCUAUUUGAGAUCUCCUUUCGUUUUGUUUGCAAUUUUGCCUGAUUCUUGAAGGUCAUUUUAAUUCCCUCUUUAAAAUCUUUCGAGCAUCCAUUUAUGCUGGUGCCAUUCGGUUAGAGAAAAUAUUUUACCUCUGGAAUCCGCAUAAGCUGAAAUGUCUCUGCUCUGGAAAAUCUAAGCGGCACUAGCUUGUACUAUUUCUUGAUUAUGGUUGUCUAUUCAUACCAAUGGGUUUAAAUCCCGUACAAGUGAGAA